GGGGGCCGGGGGCGGGGCACCGGGCACAGCCAUGAGGCGGGACGUGCGCAUCCUGUUGCUGGGCGAGGCCCAGGUGGGGAAGACGUCGCUGAUCCUGUCGCUGGUGGGCGAGGAGUUCCCCGAGGAGGUGCCCGCGCGCGCCGAGGAGAUCACCAUCCCCGCCGCCGUCACGCCAGAGCGGGUGCCCACCCACAUCGUGGACUUCUCAGAAGCCGAGCAGACGGAUGAGGAGCUCCGGGAGGAGAUCCGUAAGGUGCGGGAGCUGCGUGGAUGGAGGCGCCGGCCGUCCUCGACCCUGACAGCAAAUGUGGUGUGUGUGGUGUACGAUGUGUCUAACGAGACCACGAUUGAGAAGAUUCGAACCAAGUGGAUUCCACUGGUGAAUGGGAGAACUGAGAGGGGGCCCAGGCUGCCCAUCAUCCUGGUGGGCAACAAGGUGGACCUGCGGUCAGGAAGCACCAUGGAAGCUGUGCUACCCAUCAUGAGCCAGUUUCCUGAGAUAGAGACCUGUGUGGAGUGUUCUGCCAAACAUCUGAAGAACAUCUCAGAGCUGUUCUACUAUGCCCAGAAGGCCGUUCUACAUCCCACAGCCCCCCUGUAUGACCCUGAGACCAAGCAGCUGAAGCCUGCGUGCACCCAGGCCCUCACUCGAAUCUUCAGGCUCUCCGACCAGGACCUGGACCAGGCACUGAGCGAUGAGGAGCUCAGUGCUUUCCAGAAGUCCUGCUUUGGCCACCCUCUGGCCCCACAGGCCCUGGAAGAUGUAAAGAGGGUAGUGUGCAAGAAUGUGGUGGGCGGCGUGCAGGACAACAGACUAACCUUGGAUGGCUUCCUCUUCCUGAACACACUCUUCAUCCAGCGUGGACGGCACGAGACCACAUGGACUAUUCUGCGACGCUUCGGCUACAGUGACUCACUUGAGCUGACAGCAGACUACCUCUGCCCACGGCUCCAUGUACCCCCUGGUUGCAGCACUGAGCUUAACCACCGCGGCUACCAGUUUCUGCAGCAGGUGUUUGAGAAGCAUGACCAGGACCAUGAUGGCGCCCUCUCACCCUUGGAGUUGCAAAACCUCUUCAGUGUGUUCCCAGUGGCCCCCUGGGGCCCUGAACUCCCACGCACUGUCCGCACUGACACCAGCCGGCUACCCCUGCAUGGUUUCCUCUGCCAGUGGACCCUAGUGACCUACCUGGAUGUCCAGCGCUGCCUCGAGCACCUUGGCUACCUAGGCUACCCCACCCUCUGUGAGCAGGACUCCCAGGCACAGGCCAUCACAGUCACUCGUGAGAAGAGGCUGGAUCAGGAGAAGGGGCAGACCCAGCGGAAUGUCCUCAUGUGCAAGGUGGUAGGGGCCCGAGGAGUGGGCAAGUCUUCCUUCUUGCAGGCCUUUCUUGGCCACAGCCUGAGGGACACCAGGGCAUCCCCUGGGGAGACUCCCAUCCACGUCAUCAAUACAGUGCUGGUCAGCGGACAAGAGAAGUACCUGAUUCUAUGUGAGGUGGAUGUGGACAGCAUGCUGGCCACUUCCCUGGACACCGCCUGUGAUGUUGCCUGCCUGAUGUUUGAUGGCAGUGAUCCUGCAUCCUUUGCAUUCUGCGCCACCGUGUACAAGCGCCAUUACAUGGAUGGCCAGACCCCUUGCCUCUUUGUGUCGUCCAAGGCCGACCUGCCUGCAGGUGUCGCCCCACCAGGCCUGUCACCUGGGGAGUUCUGUCGCAGGCACCGGCUGCCUGCCCCCACCCCAUUCUCCUGCAGCGGCCUGGCCCAGCCCAGCACUGAUAUCUUCACUCAACUGGCCACCAUGGCUGCCUUUCCGUGGGUGCUUGCCACCAAGGCCUUGGGAGGAGGGUGGCCUGCCUUAUACCAGGGCUCUAAGGGUGCUGAUCACCUGGCUGUGCUGGGUGGGGGCUGUGGAGUGGGGUUCUGUGGCACUGAGAGCUGUUCUUGGUGCAGCCCUCCAGGCCUAGCUUCUGCCAGCGGCCUGGGACACAGUGGGGAGAUAUGCACCCUAAGUACCCAUCUUCCCUCACAGACACCUGGUGCACACAGAGCUGCGCCCCACCUCUACCUGGCUCCGGGGAAUGCUGGUGGCUGUUGGGGCCACCGUGGCUGCAGUCCUCAGCUUCUCACUCUAUAGAAUCCUGGUGAAGAGUAGAUGAUGCCUCUCAGCCCCCUCUCCUGACCUAGUGGGGCUCCACAGGGGCAGUCUGGUGCAGGCUUUCGGCCUCACAGCAUGACUAUGAGCCCCUGGGGCACUGCUCUGGCGCCCCUGCAUCCCCUGCCCUUUCCUCAGGCCCCUCCUCAGGGCUGGGUGUGCCCCCAGCACUGUCUCACGAAAGCUCUACCCAGUCUGCCUGGCUGAGCUGUGCUGAGAACCUGGGCUUGUGACCCAGAAGCUCCACUGCCUGGCCUGAGGGCUCCUUGGCAGAUGUUCCUGGUGGGAGGCCCUUUCCUCACCUUUGUGGGUAUUGGGUAAGGUGACCAUUGACCCUAGAUCCAGAAUUCUUAGGGCUCUCCCUUGCUUCUGGUGUCAGUGGGUAUGCAGGGGCCAGUAAGUGGCUAGGCUGUUGUGUAACCCCACCUUCCCAUCCAGUUUGAAGCCUUGUCCGUGGCAGAAGACAUGAGGUUGGGUUUCCUGAUUAAACCUCACUUGUUUUUUUCCUCUCUGGGA